UUAUCUAUUUAUAGAACUAAUUUUAUUUGGACGGCGUCGGUUUGGCCGCUGUCACUGCCCCGGCGACGUCGACGCCCCCCGAAGCUCCCGCGAUAAAACCGAGGCGAACCUCCUCUCCUCAUCUGAAUCCGCAUCUGUCCCCCUUAGAUCCGUCCAUGGCUCCGGUUCCGCUGAAGCCUUCGCCGGGUCUCGCGCCCGAGACCCGCGACAUCGUCCGGGACGCCGUCCGCUCCAGCGCCGCUGCUACCCUCGCCUCGUCCCCUGCGCUGACGGCGCGGGACGACUGGAUCCAGGCCGGGAUCAAGUUCGGGACGGCUAUCGACCCUGGCCUCGCCCUCGUCGCGCCAGCCGCUCCUAGGGUUCUCUGCUGUGAGGAGAUCGACGGGAGGAGGUGGAGCUACGUGCUGGAUGACGUGGAAGGCCCCCCCGGGACGAAGGCGAGGAAGGGACCGUCUCUUCGCGCCGUCCCGAUGCAGAACCCCGUGGAUCCCUUGGAGGAGAUGAUGUCAUUCAUAAGAUCGUAUGUAGUGCCUGAUGGCUUUCCUGACUGUGUAACCCCUUCUUAUGUCCCAUAUAUGACAUGGAGGGCUUUGAAGCAUUUCUUUGGUGGAGCCAUGGGUGUUUUCACAACAAGGACUCUGUUAAAUUCUGCGGGAGUAUCCAAAAAUACAGCUGCAUCAGGUGCUGUUGCCAUCAAUUGGAUACUCAAGGAUGGAGCUGGCCGUGUCGGCAAAAUGCUCUAUUCACGUCAAGGAAAGAAGUUUGACUAUGAUCUGAAGCAGCUUCGCUUUGCAGGUGAUCUUUUAAUGGAGUUAGGUGCAGGAGUAGAGUUAGCAACUGCUGCAGUUCCACAGCUUUUCUUGCCACUUGCAUGUGCAGCCAAUGUUCUUAAGAAUGUUGCUGUUGUUACCUCGACAUCCACACGCACUCCAAUAUACAAGGCCUAUGCAAAAGGAGAAAAUAUAGGGGACGUCACUGCUAAAGGAGAAUGUGUUGCCAAUAUAGCUGAUCUGUUGGGCACUGGACUGAGUAUCUUGAUAUCGAAACGAAAUCCAUCUUUGGUGGCCUCAUUCACAUUCUUGUCAUGUGGAUAUCUAUUUAGCUCAUAUCAAGAGGUCAAAUCAGUAGUAUUGAAUACGUUAAACACAGCAAGAUUCACUGUGGCUGUGGAUUCCUUCAUCAAGACUGGACAUGUUCCAUCAUUAAAGGAAGGAAACGUAAAGGAGAAUAUUUUCAAUCCUCCAUGGUCUAACCAUACACCAGUAGUUAUAGGAUCAAGAUUUUCUGAAGCGUUCCAGGAGCUGUCUUCAUUUCUUGCCACGCAACCCUUGUUCGAGGAGGAGAGAUACAUGGUCACCUAUAACCCUUCAAAGGGUAAAAUUUAUGCAUUGCUCAAGGAUCAAGCAAAAUCAGAUGAUAUACUAAAAGCGGCGUUCCAUGCGCAUGUUCUUCUGCAUUUCAUCCGGUCGUCAAACUCAAAACUAGCUUUGAGAAGAUUUAGCAGCAGUGACCAAUCAAGACACGAAGGAACUUUGCUUGUUUCAAAUGACAACUUUCUUUCUCACAUCGCUGAGUCUUGCAAGAUCGUGUCAUCAUCAUAUACAAUGUUCAAGAAUAAAGCUACCAAACAGGGAUGGAUAAUGUCUCACUCUUUGCUUAAUCCGGGUAGAGCACGGCUAGUUAGUACUCUACACCACUGAUCUGCGAUCACCAUCCAUAAAUUCAGAGAUCUUAACACACGAGCGGUGGAUUGCUAGUCUCAGGUACGUGAACAUCUUAUGCCACCGCAGAGUUAGAAAGUCUACCAAAACCACUCGACUGACAAAGUGGUGACAUUCUAUUUCGGAUUUGCUCUCCCAGUUUCUGCUCCCUGCAAACUGGGAGACAGAGAUCAUUUUCCGAAACAAUUUUGCUUGUGUACUGCUGGAGUUACUUGCCUAUCGAACUUUUCGAUGUGUGUUGACACAUCCUCUUGCAGUUUUGUUUGUUGUAAUACUGUAAAAUUUGUUUGUGCCUUUGACUGUGCCGUAGAGUUUGAGAUGCAAAUCUGUGAUAUAAAAAAAAAAUUGGGUUGUUUUUAAAGAAAAAAUAUAUCAUUUUAUUCUCUAUAUAAA